GGAUAAGCUGACUAUGACCAGAACGACUGGCUGGAAAACUGUCGCUCAAGGAUCCAAAGCCUUGAUAAUUGAUCGCUAUGGCCAGUCCAGGAUUGUAGACGGUCCUCAAAGAUUGUUCCUAUGGCGGGCCAAGCAAUUCGAUACUCUCGUACGUUAUGCGGCGAAUCAAAGCGAAUAUCUGUGGAUACAACAUGCAGACGGAACGGUUGAACACAGACCGGGACCAUGUGUUGUCUUCCAUAACCCUUUAUUGAUACGCGACAUAUGUGUAAGAAAAGCCAUUGUACUGGAUGGCAAUGAAGUUUUGGUUGUCUAUCGCAAGUCGCAAGAAACAGGGAAGAUGGAAAGACGACUCCAGCAAGGGCCAACACAAUUCGUGCCUUCAGCAGAUGAAUGGAUGCAUGAAUUCUCAUGGCACGGACCUGACAAGACAAACAAGACUAAACUCAUUCCUAAUCAAUGGAGAUUUACAAAACUAAAAGUUGUUCCAGAUCAGUUCUAUUACAAUGUUCGGACUGUUGACGACGCCCUCGUAAAAGUAAAAAUGAUGCUCUUUUAUGAGAUAAAAGACAUCGAGUUAAUGCUUCAAGAAACCAAGGAUCCUAUCGCUGACAUGGCCAAUGCUGUGACUGCUGAUGUCAUUGCAUUUGCAUCACAAUUAACAUACGAGGACUUCUUGGAACAGACGGGGAAACUGAAUGAAUUGGGCUCAUUUCCCCAGCUAGUCAAGAGAACGAAAGCGAUCGGUUAUCACAUCAGCAAAGCGGUGUAUAGAGGGUAUCAAGCUCCAGCACAGCUACAGAGAAUGCAUGAUGAUGCCAAUGAACGAAGGACCAAACUGAAACUUUCUGUUGAACAAGUAGAACAAGACCAAGAGAUGACAGAUUUAAAACUGGAAAGUGAACUCGACACACUCAAAAUGCAGCACAAAUUGAAAAUGGAACAAGAAGAGCACAAGCACAAGCUGAACCUUGAGGAGCUGGAGCAUAAGAUUGCAAUGGAAGACCGAGAACAUGAAAAUCACAUGCAGCAAAUGAUUCUUGAGAGACAGAGUGAACUCGAGAUGAAACAAAACACUAAUAAUCAGAUGGUUGAUUACUUGCGUCAGCUGAAAAGUCUGGGAGUAGAUCUAACGGAGUAUCUCAAAAGCAAGAAUCCACGACCGGACAAAGUCACUCGGGUGGUGACAGACACCGACAAGGCUGACAUUCACCUUCAUAGCAGUUCGGCAGUGUGACAAAGGAACAGUCACUUGAACUUGAAUGAUUCUGACGUACACACAUGCAAACUGAUCAAUUU